UUCGCCGGGUGGAGCUUGUGAACGUCUGUGGAUGGCUACUGCUCGUCUUAGUGAACAUUUGUUUGACAGGAAGGUGAAGCGGUCCGUGUGCGGGAACCGCCGGCAGAAGUUAGUUCCUCUCCCCGUGCCGGUGCGCAGCUUUGCGGUCAGCGUGGAGGCGGGCUGGAGAGUGACAAAUGAGCAGCAGGCGUGUAAGCAACAGGGCACGGAGAGAAAUGUCAGGGACUGCCUCAGCCGAGAGCAACAGAGAGCGCGAUUAGAGCAGCGCAGCGCGGAAAACAGUCCGAGGGGAAGAAGAGAAUGCGAAUGGUGCGAAGAUACCGAAGACAAACAAAAUGGAAACGAUGUAGCGUCGCUGCGGCAUUUCACAUAGCUAGACUAGAGAGUAGAUAGCCAAGGCGCUAGCCAGUAAACUCAUAUACAUGUAAAGUUAUUCCCAGGAGACGCUGAAGCGGAGCCAGGAGGCGUCAGAGGAGUUCAUCUGUGCCGCAAAAUCCAACACGACCCACGCGAGAGGAUGUCUCGGAAGACACUGAAGUGUUUGCUUGGUGUGGAUGAGGGAAGCAGAGCCAAUAGAAAAGUUGUUGUUGGUCAUCGACCAUGUCCAAGCAAUGAGGAGAUCAUCCCACCAAAGUUCUGUGACAACAGGAUCGUGUCUUCCAAGUAUACAGUGUGGAACUUCCUACCAAAGAACCUGUUUGAACAGUUUAGAAGAAUUGCCAAUUUCUACUUCCUUAUCAUCUUCCUGGUGCAGGUGAUAGUGGACACCCCCACCAGCCCAGUCACCAGUGGCCUACCUUUAUUUUUUGUGAUAACAGUAACUGCUAUCAAACAGGGAUAUGAAGAUUGGCUGCGGCACAAGGCUGACAAUGAGGUGAAUAAGUAUAAAGUGACGGUGCUUGUGGACGGCAAGAGGAUAGAAAGCGAGAGUGAGAAGAUCAAGGUGGGAGACAUUGUGGAAGUAAAAGAAAACGAGACCUUUCCCUGUGAUUUAAUACUGCUGCAAUCUCAUCGAGAUGACGACACAUGUUUUGUGACCACAGCAAGUCUGGAUGGAGAGUCCAAUCAUAAAACUCAUUACACAGUGCCAAACAUUGAGAGCGAUCUGGAAUCCCUCACCGCCACCAUUGAGUGUGAACAGCCACAGUCUGACCUUUACAAGUUUGUGGGCCGCAUGGACAUCUACAAAGACAGCCAGGAGCCCAUAUUCAGGUCUUUGGGUCCGGAAAACCUUCUGCUGAAAGGCGCUACUUUAAAAAACACAAAAAUGAUAUAUGGCGUUGCGGUUUACACUGGCAUGGAGACAAAAAUGGCUCUCAACUAUCAGGGCAAAUCUCAGAAACGAUCUGCUGUGGAGAAGUCCAUCAAUGCCUUCCUUCUAAUCUACCUUUUCAUAUUGGUGAGCAAGGCCCUUGUGUGCACUACACUGAAGUAUGUGUGGCAGAGCAAGCCAGGACAGGAUGAGCCAUGGUACAACGAGAAAACCCAGAGAGAGAGGGAAACCAAUCUGUACCUAAAAAUGUUCACCGACUUCCUAUCCUUCAUGGUGCUCUUCAACUUUAUCAUUCCGGUGUCCAUGUAUGUCACAGUUGAGAUGCAGAAGUUUUUGGGAUCCUUUUUCAUCACGUGGGAUAAAGAUUUCUUCGACCCUGAAAUCAAAGAGGGGGCACUGGUCAACACUUCAGACCUAAACGAAGAGCUGGGACAGGUGGAGUAUGUCUUUACAGACAAGACGGGGACGCUCACUCAGAACAACAUGGAGUUCAUAGAAUGCUGCAUCGACGGUUUUCAGUACAAGUACCGGGACGCUUGCGAUGAGCUGGACGGGUUCUCUGUAACAGAUGGACCUGUGAACAAAGUGCAGCAGAAAGCUGGCAGGGAGAAGGAAGAUCAAUUUCUGCGAGCCCUAUGUCUGUGCCACACAGUCCAGGUGAAGGAGUCUGCAGAGCAGGAUGGACUGGCAGACCAAGUGGACGGUUCAAUAUUGGAUGAAGCUUCAUCACAAGAGGAGAGGGGUUUUAUAGCUUCCUCGCCUGAUGAGAUCGCUCUUGUCAAAGGUGCCAUGAGGUAUGGCUUCACAUUUUUGGGUCUUGAAAGUAAAACACUGAAAAUCCUCAACAGGAAAAAAGAAGUUGAAAAGUAUGAACUGCUUCACGUGCUCAACUUUGAUCCAGUAAGAAGGCGAAUGAGUGUUAUAAUUAAAGAUACAUCAGGUGAAACAUUUCUUUUCUGCAAGGGAGCAGAUUCAUCCAUCUUCCCUCGAGUCAAGCAGGAGGAGGUUGAAAAGAUACGCAUGCAUGUGGAGCGGAAUGCAACAGAGGGUUAUCGCACACUGUGUGUCGCCUCCAAACGUCUAAGCCCAGAGGAGUUUGCCCAGGUGGACGAAGAACUAAAGGAAGCUAGAUUGGCUCUGCAGGACAGAGAGGAGAAGCUGAUGGCCGUUUACAACCAAGUGGAGACGGAAAUGACCCUGAUAGGAGCUACUGCUGUGGAAGAUCGGCUCCAGGAGGAGGCAGCUGAGACGAUGGAAGCCCUGCAAGGAGCAGGGAUGAAGGUUUGGGUCCUGACUGGAGACAAGAUGGAGACGGCAAAGUCCACUUGCUAUGCUUGUAGGUUGUUCCAGAGGAACACAGAGCUGCUGGAGCUAACUUUGCGAACUCUCGAGGAUAGAGGGCGAAGUCGCGAGGAACGACUCCAUGAGCUGUUGCUUGAGUAUCAUAAAAAAGCCGUACAGGAUGCACCACCAGUAAAAGGAGGCAUUGCCAGGAGUUGGUCUGGGGCCAACCAUGAUUAUGGCUUCAUUAUAGACGGAGCGUCUUUAUCACUGAUGCUCAAGUCGUCUUCUGCAUCCAAACCAAAUUCCUACGAGAGCCUAUUCCUGCAGAUUUGUCAGAACUGCACGGCUGUGCUCUGCUGCCGCAUGGCUCCCCUUCAGAAAGCUCAGAUUGUUAAAAUGGUGAAGAACUCUAAAGGAAGUCCAAUCACUCUUUCCAUUGGAGAUGGAGCUAAUGAUGUCAGCAUGAUUUUGGAGGCUCAUGUUGGCAUUGGAAUCAAGGGGAAAGAAGGUCGGCAGGCGGUGAGAAACAGUGACUACGCCAUCCCCAAACUCAAACACCUCAAAAAGCUUCUGUUGGCUCAUGGCCAUCUCUACUACGUCCGUAUAGCUCACCUAGUGCAGUAUUUCUUUUACAAGAAUCUCUGCUUCAUCCUACCACAGUUUUUGUACCAGUUCUUCUGUGGAUAUUCUCAACAACCUCUGUAUGAUGCGGCCUAUCUGACCAUGUACAACAUCUGCUUCACCUCUAUGCCCAUCCUGGCUUACAGCCUGCUGGAGCAGCACAUUAGCAUUGAUGAUCUCCUGGAAAAUGCCACCCUCUACAGAGAUGUUGCAAAGAACGCCAUGCUGCAGUGGUGGCCAUUCCUGUACUGGACCGUACUUGGAGUCUUUCAGGGCUUACUCUUCUUCUUUGGUGUUCGGUGUUUGUUCAGCAACCCAGCCCUGCAGGACAAUGGCCAGGUUUUCGGGAACUGGUCGUAUGGGACUAUUGUCUUCACUGUUCUCGUGUUCACUGUAACUCUAAAACUGGCUUUGGACACUCGGCACUGGACGUGGAUCAACCACUUUGUAAUCUGGGGCUCCUUAGCUUUCUACGUGUUUUUCAGCUUCUUCUGGGGAGGAAUCAUAUGGCCUUUCAUCAGACAUCAGCGUUUGUACUUCGUGUUUGCCAACAUGCUGGGCUCCGUGUCAGCCUGGCUGGUCAUCAUCUUGCUCAUCCUUCUGAGCCUACUGCCAGAGAUUCUGUUUGCAGUGUUCCGCAAAAACCAUGGAUCCCAUGCUCGUCAGAAGACGCUGGUUGAGUCAAGCGGCGGGGGCCUCGAGUUUCCUGGGUCUUCAGCCAGGCCCCUGCUCAUGAGAACCUUUUCUGAUGAGUCGCAUACUGUCAUUUAAACAGCUGUCAAUGGAUGGCCUCCACCAAAUAUCCAGACAUCAACGGUUACACCGCUUACCUACAAGCACCCGAGGGAGCAUAACCACCAGCCGGGACUCGACGGGCAACAUUAAAGUCAGUCGGGCCUCAGCUCUUCAGCGGUCUGACAGGAGGAGCUGAAGUGGACCCAUAACAGCAGAAAACUCCAUGGUUUAAUGGAGGCGGUCUAAUCCACCCAUCUGUGCCCAACGCCCCACCUCAAGCAUGCCUGCAGGGCAGUGUCAUGUUAUUUUAAAUGGCAAAGAUGACAGGCAUGAGUUUCCUUUUUUUUUUUUAAUAUUAGCCUCCAGAUGAAUGCAUACAGCGUGUGGCUGCCUUCUCAGUAGCUCUUUACCACCGUUUCAACUAACGGGUAUGUUUCACUUCAGAAGCGGCAAAUCUGCAUGAAGGAAGGAUCACAAUAUCACCUCAGUCACUGCUUUCUUUAAACGUUUAUUUUCCUAUCUAUGACUAUAUUUAAGAAUAGAUUCUGCUUUUCAUUUUUUAAAUUUAUUUAUCUUAGAGAAGAAAUCGACCCCAUAUUUGAAUCAUCCGAGAUGAAAAUAGCUGAUUGAGAUGUCAGUCCUGCUCAAAGCAGACUGCUCAACACAUUUCUGAUUUAUAGAUAUUUAUCAUUCUUAAUGUUGUGUUUAGGAACAAGAGAGGUUAUUUAAGGCCAGGAUACCAGGAAAUCUCUAAAAAAAAAAGUAUUUGUGCAGGAGGGAGUGACGAGUCUUGACGCUUAUUCCGGCAAUGAGCUAAUUCUUCCAAUCUCAGAGAUAAUGGUCAAAUGAAGGCUAAGAGAAUAAAUAUAUGUGCUGUGUUGUACAUAAGUUAGAUGUAUAUUAGUAUUGGAACAAAGCCAAAAAUAAACAAUGAAUGCAGUGCAAUCGAAGUGCGUCCACACAGAUGUGUUGCUGAUGCUGCGGGUAAAAAAACAGACACGGCUGCAUGUGUGGGAAAGCAGAGUUCAGUCAGAAAAUCUGCACUAUCAAAGAAAGAGGUUUUUUGUUUUGUUGUUGCCAUGAUCGCUAAAUCACUUUCAUAUUUGCUUGAAACCACAUUAAAAAAUAAAAAAAGGUCACUCAAAAAAGAUACCAUUCACGCAUAUGUACCAACCCCCCGUUUUAGUCUCUUAAUGCUCAUUAUUUUAUAUGCUCAUGUGAUGACAUUUGAAGAAAACCACUCAUAGAUUUGCAGCAGCAGCUUAGCUGAAACCACUGUGAAUCAGAAUGACAGCCUGGACUGUUUGGCCCUUUUUCUUCCUUUAUGUAAUGCUUCAUACAUUCCAUUUAAAUAUUUCAAAUUCUUCUGAAUACAACUUUAAAAUAUUUACUUUUUCCUCACUUGAGCUUAUAUUUAAGUGUAUUUUUACUCACUUAUGUUACAUUUUUAUUACGUGUUUUUUUUUUUUAAAUGUCUUGUGAAGACUGUAGAGCUUUUUGCCAUUUGAGCUUGCCUGCAGCUCCUGACACGAGCUUGAGCCAACAGUUUUGUUGUCCUCAAAGACAGGCAGCCCAUUCCCAGCUUCAAAGAUCAACUUCAUUUCAUGUUCUGACUUAACCAGGAUGUUCCAGGUUGUUAUGUUACUCAUUCUUCAUGUUUGUGUCUUGAGUUGUUACACAUUCUUCCUGUUACUACUUCAUUGAUCGUUACAAAAACUCAGACUGUUUUUUUUUUGUUUUUUUUUAAGUGCAUGUGUCCUGUUGAGGUCAUUUAGAUGUUACAAUGUCAUUAAAAAUGUUUGUUUUUAUAAUUUCCUGCCAAGCUUAAUUAUUUUCGGAAGACGGUUUUCCUCUUUGCACUGUAAUGGAGGUUUAACUGUAGGUUACAGGUCACAUGGACAGAGGCUUCCUAGAUUUUACGAAAGAAGAACCUUUAAGUGACAUCAGAAAUGCUAUUUUCAGAGCUUAAAAAUAUGUUUGAAUCUAAUGUUUUGCUUGUCCUAAUGAAGCGUUAUAACGAAUGCAUUGUAUUUUUAAUGCUACAUUUUUCCAGCCACUUUUGUAAUAAAAUAAAACAAAAAUAAAUAACAGCAAGAGGCUCUAAGGUUGUGGGGCCGUCUUUACCUUCAGGCAUCCCACCAAGGGGACAUUUUGCUUCUCGUCUCCCUCUGAUCUUUUGAGUCUCCAGCUUCAACUCUCCAAACCUCCAAGCUGAAUGUACUUCUUUAAGACAAAUGUAUUCAAACAUGAACAUUUUCUGCAAUAAAGCAGAAUGUUUUGAAGAAAA